AUGGAGGUGAUAACUGAAAGUAUGGAUGUGGUAAGUGAAGGAUCGUUAAUCGUGAACACUAAUCAAUCUACUCUUCUAGAGGAUGACUACGACUCCGGACCCAGUCUUAAUCGAAUACCAUUAAUAUGGGGUUAUAGUUUGGUUAUUGUUAUCACUGUCAUAGGUAACCUGCUAGUGAUCUUAGCCUACUGCCGCCAUUCUCAGGUACGUGCCGUCCCAACCAAUACACUCAUCUUCAGUCUGUCAAUAUCUGACUUCCUAAUUGGUGUCAUGAUAUUGACCAUCAAUCUGCAUUGGGUAGCCGAAGACUCCUGGAUGUUUGGUGAGGUUGUUUGCAGACUUUGGUCAAUUCUUGAUUACACUGUAAGCUAUAUGUCAACGAUAACAAUCAUGCUAAUAAGUCUUGAUCGGUUUUUAUUAAUGUAUCAGAAGACUCGAUAUCGAACAGUGUGGACUCGUAAGAGAGUCACCAUCAUCACCCUGGUAUGCUGGGCAUUUAGCAUCACCGUCUAUGUCUGUAUCGCAUUCGCAAUGACAGAUGCAAACCUAGUGGAUUUUCAAGAUGAAUGCGAACUAGAAAUUGUGUACUUAUUGCCUUUUACAAUCGGUAUUCUUAUUUUCGAGUUUGGAAUUCCACUACCAAUCAUCGUAUUAUUGAAUAUAUCUGUAUAUUAUCAGAUUCAUCAGCGAUCACAGAAUCUGCGAAGAUACAAAUCCAACCUUGGUCUGCCUUCAACCGAUCCACGCAAUGAUCAAUCACAUAGUCAGAUGCCAGGUAUGUCGCAUGCAGAUCAUUCUGAUCUUCCUUCUGUAUCCAAUGUACACACAGAUCGAUGGGUAAAACCUUUGGUAGAAGUAUUAGGCAGUCGCAGGAAUCAGUCCCGUCCACUCCCUGAAGUUAAUGGUCCUUCGUGCUCUGGUCUCCAGACGAAUCAUAAUCCAGGGACUCAACGUAUAGCGACAUAUUGCCGUCACAAGCGUUUAUUCGCCAGGCACAAGAAAGCUGCUUUGACGUUGUCCAUAUUGGUAGGGACGUUUCUUGCGUGCUGGCUUCCAUACGAGAUAGUGAGCAUCCUACAGGCGAUGUGCGGCGAAGAUGAUUGCUUCUCUGAGACAACAUGGGAGGUGGUAAAUGGUCUACUGUGGGGUAACUCUGCACUCAAUCCUAUCCUCUAUGGCCUUACUAACCCAACAUUGAGACGGAAUAUGAUUAACUUUGGAUGUCAACAACGCUGCCGCCGUCCGAGGGUUGGACCCUCAUGAAGAAUAACAAAAACUGUACCAAUCACUGUGAUGGUAUUCUGCACACUUGGACCGUUUUGGUUGUGAAACUAUAUUUUGUUGUAUUUUGAACACAUUCUUCAUCUGCACUCCAACAUUUCUGCUAUGU